CCGGUUUCCCCCUCCACAUGGGAAGUUUGGACGCGCAUCAUCACGGGAGACGGAAUGCGAUCUUUUCCGAGCUUUGAAGACAUUAGACAAGAUUAAUUGAAAAAAAAAAAAAAGAUGCACUCUUGGUAUCCACGGAGAGAUGGCAUGUGCGCUCCUGCUCCAUCGCCGGCUUACAAAAACAUCAGUGUGCUUGUUGUCCUUGUUUCUUUCCUACGUGGGCUACUGCACUUUAUUCCACGCGGAGCCCCUCGUGCUGCCUCCCUCGGGAGAUCCGGCUCCGAGCUGCGGUCGGCGGCCGCCGGCCGCUGGAGCCUGCGCGUCUCCUCCCCCGUCGGCUGUGGAGGCAUCCCGGGGGAAGGCUGCCGAGGGGCCGCCACCGGCCGCGCUCCUCGCCAGCACGCCGAAGUUCGGGAAUAAGAAGUUGCCCAAUGCCAUCAUAGUUGGCGUGAAGAAGGGCGGAACCAGGGCUGUUCUGGAGUUCAUACGGAUCCAUCCGGACGUGAGAGCUGCUGGGACCGAGACGCACUUCUUUGAUAGGCACUAUGACAGAGGGCUCGAGUGGUACCGAGGUUUGAUGCCAAGGACUCUUGAAGGCCAAAUCACCAUGGAGAAGACUCCGAGCUACUUUGUGACAAGAGAGACGCCACACAGAAUCGCCGCCAUGUCCCGAGACACCAAGCUCAUCGUGGUGGUACGAGACCCGGUCACCCGAGCCAUAUCAGAUUACACCCAGACUUUAUCCAAAUCUCCCGACUUGCCAAGCUUCCAGGAACUAGCCUUCCAGAACCAGAGCUCGGGCCUGGUGGACACAUCCUGGAACGCCAUCCGUAUCGGCCUGUACGUCGUUCACCUCGAAAACUGGCUACGCUACUUCCCUCUGGCUCAGAUCCACUUUGUCAGCGGCGAGCGCCUCAUUACUGACCCGGCAGGCGAGCUGGCUCGGGUGCAGGACUUCCUGGGACUCAAGCGCAUCGUCACGGACAAGCACUUCUACUUUAACCGCACCAAAGGCUUCCCGUGUCUCAAGAAACCGGAGAGCAGCGGUUCACCUCGCUGCCUGGGAAAGUCCAAGGGCCGGACUCACGUGCAGAUCGACCGGGACGCCAUUGAGCAGCUGCGAGACUUCUACAGACCCUUUAAUGUCAAGUUCUAUGAGACGGUGGGUCAUGAUUUCAAGUGGGAGUAGAGAUUUAGGAUUUAGUGUAUUUUUAAAAGAGAGAUUGACAAAUUCCGAGGAUGAAUACAGCAAAUCCAGUACACUCCACUGGAGUAAAGCCAUUGAGCAGCGAUAUGAGAUGAGCAGGCAUCACCUCAACUUUACCAUUUAUCUUCCUUUACAUUCAUGCAGACUCGAUAUAUCAAAAAGCAAAUCAAAAGGGUACUCUGGAAAGAAAGACUUUGAAAACUUUCAAGGAAGAGUUGGAUUCCUAGGUCUGUAGUGAGGUAUAAAGUAGAAGCACUUUGUAGCAUUUUCUUCGGUUUCAUCAGAUUUUUAUGUAAAAGGGAUAGUUAUAAUAAUCAAUUCAUUUGUUAAGAAUUUGGUCGACUGCGCACUAUUUUUGGUGCGACUUGCAGAGGCGCUGUUGAUUCAAACUCCACUAAUUUGCUUAAAGAUGAGCACAUUAAGAAAGUAUUUCUUCCAUCUCAAUCAAAUUGAAAACAAAAGUCAAUCGACUCACUGAUUAAUUUUCUCCAGUCAAAUGCUACAAUGUCAAAGGUUUCUUUUGUCAUCCCAGGUUUGUCCAACUGGAUAACAUAUUUACGAAGUUCUAGCCUCGUGUGGAAACCCAACUACUAUUCCCCUUAGUUCGAGGCAUGCCCCAAACCAAGAAUGGUAUCGCAGUUUUGGGAUGCAAAACGACGGUCGUUAAGCCUCUGACCGUCAAUGGCAGUGGUUCUGGUGAAGUCAUCCUUGUUCAUAAUCCAUUCAGUUGUAAGCAUAGUGUGACUGACACCUGAAGGGCAUUUGGAAGAAUUUUGGUGAUAAAUGACAUUCGAUUGAUCCAUUCAUUGCAACACAAAAUAAUAAUAAUUAAAAAAAAAAAAAAACAGCUACCACCAGGCUUCAGAAGCAGACUAGUAUGAUUGGUACCUCACUGUGGGGGUACAGAAAUGAGGGAAGUUAUAUUUUUGGAAAAACAAUAAAAUGCAUCCCAAACUGAAGUGAAUCAAACCAUAACAGUUGGUGGAAACAAGGCUUUAUCAUAAUCUUGUAUAUGUAUCUUGUCAUUGUCAAGAUUGUUUUGAAGACAAUGUUAGCAAGUACUAUUGAUAAUAAUCAUAUUACCAUUAAUGGCAAGGGGUUGUGCUAAGAUGAAAUUUCACUGGCUAUCAUACAAAUUACACAUGAGAAUAGGCACCGAAACAAAAUCGAAAAAUCCAUGUUUGUGUUAAAUUGCUGCUUCUUUUAAGAUCAUCAUUAACUUCAUCAGUACAUUGAAGAGUUCAGUCUACUCUCGUCUUUGCUUGCUCUUUGUCUUUCAUUUCUGUAAAAGAAAUCCUUCAAGGUGAGAA